GGCUUGCUGACCUCACAGAUGAAAACACUAUAUAAGAUCUGGCAGCCAGAUGUUCCACUAGAAAGUCAGCAGCUGCUAGAAGGAGUCUUUCCAGACCCGCUUCAACAGUGACUGCAAAAUACUCUUAACAGAAGAUAUGAUUGUGUUGAUUUUUCUCUUUGCCUUGCUGUGGGAUACAGCUGCUGGCUGGGGGUUCAAGGACGGAGUUCUACAUAACUCUAUCUGGCUAGGUAAGAGGUUUUUCAUUUAUUCAUUUUGUUUGUUCAUUUGUUUCCAUUUGCAAAGCCUUGGCUUCAGGGAUACCCACAACAUUUUCCAAAUCGCUGCUUCAGUUGUCACGUCCCAUUGAUUUAAAGGCAGCAUCUUGCUGCAGCCGAACAAGAAUUCAUUUGCAUUGUUUUGGCUUAAUGUUCUUUAUUUUACUUUUUUUAAAAAAGUGGUGCAGACAUUUCAUUUGUGAAAAAGAAUGCCUAGAAAUAUGAGCUGGGAGAAUGAUAUUAUCUGGAAGCUUGAGAUGAAUGGAAAGCUAAACCUCUAGAGAAUGUGUGUGAGAGAGAGAGCACGAGAAAGAGAGAACUAAACAGAAACAGCUGUGCAAGAUACAUAUCAGCCUUUGCCUUGUACAUAUAUGAAAUUCCUUGAUGCUUCAUAUACAGAUAUUUUGGGAAAUAUACAUUGUGAAAGAAGUGGUUUUAAAAAACAUUUCAGAGCAGUUGUACUUCCCCGUUCUCUGUAUCCCAUUUUUGUUCUGCUGUCUUUUGACUUUCUUAUGUCUUACUUAUUCUAGCAUCCUCCUGCCUUCCCUCUUAUUUCGGAACAGCUGAAUUUUACUUAGGAAAAUAAAGAUUGGAGCCUGUUCAGUAUCUCAGUAAUGGUCUCUCUUGGCAGAACCAGAAAUGGAUAGAGAAUUGGGAUGGAGAGAACUUGAGAAGGGGGGUGGAGUAUUGUCAAUAAUAGCUCUGUGUCUUCUAUAACAUCUAGUUCCACUUUAUACUGACACAGAAUAAUAGAAUUGCAGAUACCCCCAAGGGUCAUCUAGUCCAACCCCCUGCAAUGCAGAAAUCUUUUUUGCCACAAAAUAAAAUGCUGCCCCAAAAGUGACUUCAGGGCUGCAUUCUUAGCCAUGAAGCACACCGCCGGGUAAAUUCUCUGGCAGCUGACAUAGAAACCCUAGAAAAAGUCUCAUGUGGCCAAGAUAUUACUUACAAAUGAAACAACAAAGGCUGCCAUACAAAGGUCAUUUAAACUCAGGCAGUCUUGUCCAUUUAAACACAGCUGUUCUACAAGAAAUGUCUCCCCCCCCCCCAGGCUAAGGUGCAGGAAGGUCAAACUACGAGGCUGGUUCAAGUAUUACACUGUGUGCUUCAAAUGUGAUGUCUGAGGGGGUGGAAAACACAUUCAGGUACAUGACCUGGGUAUGUUUAGAAGUUGCCAGCGUGGCGCUCAGCCCAGCUCAGUUCAAAGGAGCUUAUGAUCAAGAAAGAGCACUAAGUGUUACAACCCAAGACCACGACAGAUCCAUUCUUUGCCCUUUGGGGUUUUUGUUAAAGAGCAGAUCAUUAAGCCUUUCCGUUACUUGCGUUUCAGUGGAACGCAAUCCAUUCCUGAUUAAGACCAUUCUAAGAAGCACAUUUGGACUUGCUGGAAACCACUUCCCAGAAAUACAUGCAUGACAUAUGGGUGGAUUAUGGACUUAAGGCACAGAGAUCAUAUUUAAGCUAUCUUUGACCUACCUGUUAGACCACUUCUCCAUCUAGCUCAGGACUGUGUACACCAGGAAUGAGGACCCUGUAGCCUUCCAAAUAUUGCUGGACUCCAACUCCCAUGCUCAAUGGCCAGGGAUGAUGGGAUCUGUAGUCCCAACGAAAACAGAAGGGCCAUAGGUUCCCCAACCCCUGCCUACAUUAAUGGGUGGCAGCUCUCCAGGAUGUCAGGAAGUGACAUUUGCUUUUAUCCUAACCAACUUUUGAUUGUUUAUGGUAUAUAGCUGCUUAACAUAAAAUUAGCUAGCCCUUUCAGAACCACUAGUAGAGUAAUACCUAGGUCCUAACGAUACUGGGUAGUAUGCAAAGGAACAAAGACGUGCUGAAACCCCAACGAAAUCAAUAUGCAGCAUUGGAAGCUGAACGUCAGUGCACACUACUGUGGGGGAACUAGCAGGAACAGAGUACUUGCAGGAUAGUUCCCUGUGCGCCUGUGUCAGUACUUGGAGAGGGGAAAAGCUCAGACUAUAGACCAGGGUGUCUUAAGGGCUCAGAAUAUGGAUCACGAGAGGUGCCCUGUGUUUUUAAGUCAGCACACCUCGCCUAAUAUGUGAUGGAAAUAUAGUCAGAGGAGUGCAGAAAAAUCCUGAAUGUCAGAGUAUCUUACUCAUGAAUUGUAAAUGCGGCAGGGGGAUGAGGAAGGCGCAAUAAAACACUUGAGUGAAACAAUACAUUCCCAGCGCACAAACCAAUAUAGAGGCCUUAACUACACACGAUGCUGGUUGUGAAUUCGCAUUGCAGUUUACUCUUUAUUUCAGGGGUGGCCAACAUGGUGCCGCCCUCCAGAUGUUUUAGCUUACAGUUUCCAUCAGCCUCAGCCUGCGUGAUGGAAUGGUCAGUGGGAUGCGGGGAGCUGUGGUCCACAACAUCUGUUGGGUACCGCAUUGGCGACUCCGGCUUUAUUUCAUUACAGGCACCGAGGAAGGGAUGUGUUAAUUGAGAACACAGCAUGUGGGGCUUUACCAUGCUGUCAACCACAGUCACAAUGAAACUUUGUGCUGUGCUUAGGCUUGGCACUGCAGGGAGGCAAAGUUCCUAUUUCUUAGUCUUGCAAGAGUCAAACAUCUUCCUUGAGGGUAGCACUUGCAUUGUGUGAAAAAUCAGCAUUUUCUUUGAAGUCAAACUGCACUGUAUUUUAGCUGGGGUUAACACAUUCUUUUUCCUGAGGUGACAUCCACACCAUACGUUUAAAGCUGCUCAGAGAUCUGCACUGGUUGUCCCAUUUGCUUCUAGGCCAAGUUCAGUAUGUUACUAUGAGCCUAUAAAUCCCUUAACACAGAGGUUUUCAACCUUUUUAAGUCCAUGGCUCCCUUGACCAACUGUAUUCUUUCUGCGGCACCCCUGUGGGGCUCAGGAGCCCAGUUAUGUCACCCCUUGCCUGCAGAGCUGGCAGCCUCUCACCCUUUUUCGAACGCUCUCCCUUUUGGAGUGUUCCUUCAGCUUAAUCUCCUCUCCCCUCUCCUUGGGAGUCCUCUGGGCAGCUGCCACCACUGCCCCUGUUCUCUGAGCUGCCUCCCCCUGCCCCAAAGAGAAGCACAUCCUCACACUGCCCCACAGGGGAUUGGGAAGAGGAUGCGCCCAGCCAUAGUGGCCCAACGGAAACUUACCAAAGGUGAAUGUGAGGCCAGCACCUUACCUUGGGAGGUAGCAGUGGCAGCAGUGGGUACUGCAGGGCCUGCACGGCGGAAAGGCUCCCCUCCAGCACUGGGCUCCCAGGCAGGCCUUGCUCACAGCAAGCACAAGAAAGGCCAGUGCAGUGCCUGCCUACCUGCCUGGUCUCCCACUUGUCCUUCCAUGCCCAACAGCAAGGGCUGGUGGACUGGCUGGCUGGGCUCCCUUGCCUGAAUGCUUGCUUUCUCCGAGGCCACCAGGUAACUUCAGGUAACUAGCACUCCCUGGCCAGCCCCAGAAGCACCAUUCGCCUGUGGAGCUUGUUGCUGGGGCUGCUGCAACAAACAGCUGUGCAAGCCUUGGUGAGACAGAGAUGCUAGAGGCGGGGACGGAGGCCAGAGUUGCCUGCGGCACCCCUGGCCAUCAUUCAAGGCACCCCAGGAUGCCAUGGCACACUGGUUGAAAACCACUGCCUUAACAGCUUGGGACCAGUUUAUUUGUGAGAUUGCCUUACCUUGUAUGUGCCCGUUUGACUACUUUGAUCUGCAUAAUGGGCACUGUUACAAGUGCCCCAUGAGACUUGUCCACAUUUGCAAUAAAUCAAUCAUUUAGCGUGGCAGCACCUACACUUUUGAACUCCCUGUCUAUAGUCAUCAGACAGGUGCCUUCCCUGUAUUCUUCUUGGCAACUGCUUAAUAUUUGUUAUUGUUCAGGCAACCCUAUCCAGACGUUCAGAAGUUAUAUGUAUUUUAUCACUUUUUAGCUACUGUUGAUUUUAACUAUGCUUUGAAUGAUUUAAAUACUGGCUUUCAUUUUUUUAACUAAAAAUGUUUUAUUUUAUAUUUUUUGCAAACUACUUAGAGGUUUUUCUCCUAUCAAGGAGUACAUGCAUUUUGGUUACACAAAUUAAUAAAUAUUCCACAUACUUCAAAGUGUGAUCCCUCUGCCCUGCUGCUUAGGGGAGGAUCCUCCUGAUCAUUCUAGUGGAUGUCUGCCCUGAAGUCCUGCUCUGAUAACAACACUGUGUGUUGGCACUAAAAGGAAUAGGCCAUGCAGCAGGGGUCCUGGUGGUUGGCAGGCUGUAUGUAUAUGUAUGCAUUCCAGUUGUUUAUAGUUCACUUUUUCCAAAGGCUCAAAGUGGGUAAGCAGAAGUAAAACCAAAGACCCAGGAAUAAAACAAAAUAGCAAAUCAACACUAUUGAAAUUAAAUAAUAAUAAAAAAAAUAGCCUAACUGAAAAACGGAUCAAUUGAAAGUGAACAGAAACUAUAUAUUGUACGCCCUGUGUGCAAUUUCUUACCAAUAACUUCUCCAGCAGAUUAUUCCAGAGCUGAGCAGCAGUAAUAAAUACCAUACUCCUUGGAACUACCAUCUUUUUUUUUUUAAUAAUUUUUUAUUAAAAUUUUAAACAAACAAAAAAAGAAAAACAACACACACAAAAAACAAUACAAAACUUAACAAUAAAAUCACAAAACAUAGCAAUUAAAAACAAACUCUCUUUUCCAUUUCCAAUUUUAAAUUACUUAUUUUCUGGACUUCCUCAUACCUCCCUCUUUGUAUUCCAAUCUACAUUGUUUGUCCAGCAGUUUCUUUCACUUUUAAUCCCAACUUUAAUUUAAUAACACGUUAAGAUAUAUAACUUCAACUUUAAACCUAAUCCUUGAUCUAAUGUCAUACAACUUAAAUUUUCCUUUAUUAUCAAAUUUUCUUUAAACAUCUUUAAUCUUGAUCUUAAUCUUAAUCUAUCUAACUUUAACCUGUACAGCUGAAACCACUUGUUUCAGUCCAACAUCACUUAACAUUCUUAAUUUUGCAGUGUUUCUGAAGAUAGUCUUUUUCUUCCAGUCUUCCUCCAUCGACUCUUCUCCCUGGUCCGAUUCUACCAGUCAUUUCGCCAGUUCCAUAUAGUCCAUAAGUUUCAUCUGCCAUUCUCCAGCGUGUUCUUGUGUCUUCCAAUACUUAUGAGUAUUUGCUGAUAUCUCCAUUUUGCGAUUGGGUAUAAAUUAUUAUAAUUGCUAAUUGGUCACAGUAAAACAGUUUUUUCCUUGAACUACCAUCUUAAUCCAAUAACAAAGUGGAAUAGAAAGCAAGGGAUACUGCUGAUACGGUUUGAUAUAGGGGAAAUGUGGGAGACCUGAGUUGGGAUGACUGAAUCUGCCAAUUUUUGUCUCUUUCAGAUUCCCAUUUUUCCCCCAUCUUAAAUUCCGUUCUCCACAUUUCCACAUGGAAAUUCAGUUGAGUUUGAAUUUCUCCCAAUAAACACAUUUUUGCAAGCAGUUUUUGUAUGUUAUCCCACCAGCUGCGAGGCCAUGGUGGUGUUUCUGAGCUACCCACCUCUGGUGCCCCUGAUAGAAUAAGGGUUUAAAUUUCUGUUGUGGAAAAACUCAAUGUCCAAGCCUUAAUUCGUUUACACAGCCCUCCCUCCUGCAAGCAUAAAUAUUUCUAAGUGCACAGAUGGGCUUGCGAUCUGCAUGGAACAUUUGAGAAGAGUUUCGUCCAGGACUCCCAGGGAUAAUUAUUUCCUGAGCCCUCUGCCAUUUGAGGGGACAGCUUUUUACAGCUAUUGUAAUAGCAUCCAGCUGGGAGAUUUCCUGCUUUUUGGUGUCAGCACUAAUCCCCUCAUUUCUCCAAUGCAAAUGCAUGCAACUCAACUCCAUGGUACAGUCAAAAAAUCAUAGAAAGUAUUCUAGAGGGCAAUGCAAGAAUCUCAGCUAAAGCAUCCAUGACAGAUGGUCAUACAACUUCUGCUUGAAGACUUCCAAUGAAGGGUCCACCGCCAUUACAAUGUCUGCACCUCUCUGGGUAGUUAUAGAAACUGGUCUAUAUUGAUGAGCUAAGGAUGCUCAUGAAAUGAAACUGGCCUAUGAGUCCUUAGGCAGCUUUCAAAGGGGUCAAGUGUGGCUCAAGAAUAUUUAGAGAAAUGAGAUGAAAAGAAGCAGAGACUGUUGUGUGCAUUACUAGGAAAGGAAAUAACACUCAUUAUCUUCUCAAUUACUCAGUAGGGCAGAGGAAGAAGAGAAAAAUGGAGCAUCAGCACAGCAUGCAAAGUCCCCAUCAUAUGGACUUGUACUAAGACUAAAGCCUUCUGGGACAUGAUAUAUAAUGAACUGAAAAAGGUCUUUUAAAAAUACUUUUAUUAAAAAACCAGAGGCAUUUUUACUGGGUAUAAUAGGAGAAGAAAUUCCUUUAAAAGACAUACAGUGGUACCUCGGGUUACAGACGCUUCAGGUUACAGACGCAUCAGGUUACAGACUCCGCUAACUCAGAAAUAGUACCUUGGGUUAAGAACUUUGCUUCAGAAAUCACGCGACUGUGGCACAGCGGCAGCAGGAGGCCCCAUUAGCUAAAGUGGUACCUCAGGUUAAGAACAGUUUCAGGUUGUUAUGGUAAAAUCUGGGUGCGAGGCUGCUCUGCCACCCAGCUCGUCGGACUAAGUCCGCGGGUCCCUGCGGAGGAAAAUGAGCUCAGCCGGAGACAGGAGCAAACUGCAGAAGAUCCAAGUUUAUUGCGCAACAGGUUCAAGGCGAGAUUGAACAGCGAGAAAGGGGCGACAUGAACUUUUAAAACUUCCCUCCAUGUCCCAGAAUACAGUGCAAAAUACAUCCCAGUUACAUCAUGAAUACAUUACGAAGAGGUUGGGUUACACAGAUUACAUCAUGAAUACAUUAAGAAGAGGUUGGGUUACACAGGAUUAACAUAUGGAGGAGGGAGGGGGAAUAUGCAGAGCUGGAGAUAUGCGCAGAUAAGCACAUCCUGAGUACCAGUGAUGAGAAGACAAUGGUCCAUGUAUGCAUAGUCUGCCACCUGGCAUUGCCCGGAGGGAAGGCUUGCUUGGCAGAGUGAUUUGAUAGGAUUAGGGUCUUGACACCUUGCUUGAGGGAUUAUGGAGGACAGGGGAGGUGUCAUGGAGUCCUAGAGAAAUUGAGCAAAUUGGCACGUUGAUUUUCUAUGAAUUUUAUAGAUUUUAGUCCCUUUUGACAUUGACAAUUGGACUCGGAAAUAAAUGGAUAUAUUGUAGCGAAGAAGAAGGUGAAGAAGACAUGCACCCCCCCUUCCGUAUCAGGUUAAGAACGGACCUCCAGAACAAAUGUAUGCUACUGUAUGCUACUACAGCUGCAAGGACACUUUUAGCACAGAAAUGGAAGCAGCAGGAACUUCCAACUUUGAAAGAAUGGCAUACUAAAAAGAUUGAAUAUGCAGAACUGGCAAAGCUGACAGGGAAGAUCCGAAACCAGCAUGACAAGCUGUUUGAAAAGGACUGGAGUAAAUUUAUACAAUAUAUGAAAGAACACUGUAAACAUUUGAAAACGUUUGCAGGUCUUACUUAAAAUAUUUUGUAAUGUUGAUAUGUGGAACUGGUUUACAAAUACGGAAGUAAAUUUCUUUAAGGAUAAAAAGAAGGUAAAUCGGGUGAGAUAGGAAUGCUAAGACGAAAGGGUAUACCUAUGAAAGCCAGGGAGUGGGAGGGGGGAAGUCGAGGCUCAGGAUGAGCAAAGAUGUAAGUGAUGUUAUGAUUUCGUUGGUAUGUGACAAAGUAUAAAAUUUAAUAAAAAUUAUGUUUUAAAAAAAGUCCCCAUCAUAUACAGCAAGGGCAGUGCUAUUUUUCUAGAAAAAGAGGUGACAAAACUCACCAUUGAACACCACCCUCGUUCUCUUUAAAUGGGAAUGGUGACCACUGGUUGUGGCUUUUUAUUUAUUCAAAACAUCUUAAUCCUACUCUUCAACUAAAAAUAGCACCUCAAGGAGUUUGCAAAUGUUAAUAAUAAGAAAGCCCCUGCCCCCAAGUUUAUUAUUUAAAAAAGCAUGGCACAAAAGGAAAGGAGAUGGGUGGGAAUGAGAGGAAAAGCAAACUCAGGCACUUUCUCGGUUACAGAGUUAUUGUAAUGACCAUCUGGAAUGGAAAGAUUUCAAGGAACAAAAAGUUGCUGGUCUUUCAGUAGAGCCGGUGGGAAUUGGAGUCCCACAACAUCUGGAGGGACACGGCUUAACCAUUUUUGGUAUAUACAGUGGAUUUUUAAUUCAAAAACUGAGGAGAGAAGGUGGAGUACAGAUGCUGAAAGCCUGUCCAUACCAAUAAAAUGAUUUUUACAAGAGAGCAAGAGAGAUGGAAGUUUCUGAUUACUCUCAAUAGAUCUAGACCACCCACAGGAGCAGGUCAGAAAGACUGACUGCUGUAGUUUCUGUAGCAACUGCAAAUAAAAUCCCAAAGAAGACUAUCAGGAACAGCUUGUUCAUUCUAAAAUAUAUAAUUUUUGGUUUGGUUUGGUUUUAAGAUUGAAAAACCUACAUUCUCUUAUUGACUUUUGAACACCAAUAAAAUAUUAUUAUAACAAUACCCACAAGAACAUACUAAUAAAACUACCCUGUGUUGCAUCAAGGAACUUCCCCAAAGAAAUUAAAUGUGGAAAGCAACGAUUUCCCCCUAAUUAUCACUGCCUUCCUAGCAAUACUUCUGAGCUUUUAAUAAGCUUUUCUACUAGAUUACAUGAUGUAUAUUCAGAUCUUUGCCAUGUGACUAUUUUUGUUAACUGACUUUCUUUUCUACCAUCUCCUAUUCUCGCAGGGUGUUUUAUACCAGUUGUGUACCAGGGGCUCUUGUCUUGUUGCUUCGUUUUGUUUAUCUGUGAUUUAUGCUGAAUGAUUAUUUCAUUCCCUGCACUGUUCCAAGAGAGCAGCGUGACACUGAUGGGCCUUUCCAGGCGCAUUUGGUCUCCUGGGAGGACCACGCAGCGGUUUACUGCUGUAGGUAGCCAAACGACAUCAGGCAAAUGUCUCUCUUGUGAAAUAACAACUCUUUAACAACAACUAUACAUCUAGCUGUAGUUGCUAAUUAACAGGGAUUCCUUCCUCCAACUAGGACAGCUAUGGCAGGUCCUUUGUUGUGGGGAAGAUGACAGUUGCUGUCCCAGGAGCUCCCUCUGAUGGGGGUGAAAGGGGGCAUGUGCCCUGGGAAAUAGGUUAGGGGCGUGGCAAACAGCAUCACGUGUGUGUGUGUGUGUGUGUGUGUGUGUGUGUGUGUGCAACGUAGGACAAACUUGGCACAAACUUAUUCAUCCAGCAGAAGUAGAGAAAUCUCUGUCCUUGGCUGCCAUGAGUAAAAUGCUGGCCAGCAAAAGUGACAAAACCCCAAGGUCCUUCUAUUUGCAAAUGUACUUUGUUAUCCCUCGCUUUACGUUUUCAAUUCAUACAUAACUGAAUCGAAUGAAUUUUCCUUAAGCACAGGAGAGGUAUGGGGCGUACUGGAAUCUGGCUGUUCAUUUUUUGAAUACAUGGACUUUAUGAUUCUCGCUGCCAGGAAAAAUCACAUCCCCCACUUCCAGUUUCGUAGAUUCAUUGGCUCAGGAAUAUUUGUUGCAAUAAACAUUUGCUGAAAUUUGUUGUCGUUAGCCAAGUUGGAAGAACUUAAGAAGAUGGGGGGAAUAUAAUAACCUGACCUUUCUGCCAAAAAAAAGAAAAGAAAAAGGUUUUUCAUACCACAUCAUCCAGUCUUUGUGGGGGUCUAGGCAGGGGACUUGUCCUGUACUAAUAUUAUAAUCAGUGUUCGUGGGGUGAAUCAGUGUUGGCAAAAUUACUCAUCAGUGACAAUUCAGUGUCAAAGGCCUUCAUUAAAUCAAAGUUGCUGGAUACUGUUUAGUUGCCUCCCUUUCAGCCCCCCUCUGUUACCUGUUUUUUCUGUGACAACACAUUUUUAUAUGCAACAAUAACAUCCAAUAGAUUUUUUAAAAAGAUGUUGGUUUCAAGUUGUGAAACUCUCAUUAUUACGCUGACUGCAAAUGUCCCAAAUCCCUAUUCUACUUGGGCUACAGUCCUAUGCAUGCCUCAUUUGGGAACAAGUUCUGAUUAAUUUUCCAAGCCAGCUUCCACAGAAGUACGCCAUUAUUCAAAUGUUUGAUCAUCCCAAAUCGAUGGGUUUUUAAGCCAUUCCGAGCUGGCUGUAUUGAAUUUCUUUCAACAGAUUAGCGCAGGCAUUCAUAAUUUUGUUACCAGUUUGUCUUUCUGUAACCAUAUCCUCUAAUAGCUGUAGAACUUGCACUUUGGCAUCUUACAAUUUGUUUCUGCAACCGCCGCAAGCAGCAGAGAUGAAAUAGUAGAGAUAACAAAUAAAUAUUGGUGUGAUGUUGCCUGUUGGUUAGAAAUCAUGAACAAAACCUGGUGGCCGAUCCUGUUUUGCAGAACAAGUACAAACCAGAGUUGCCCAGUUUAAACAGUGUGGCAAAGAAUGGUUUACCUCAAAUUAGAAAAGGGAGGAAGGAACAUUCUAUCCUAAAGCUCCUUGAAGACUCAUUCAAAUAAUGCCAAACCACCGUUUAGGCCAGGGAUGAGGAACCUGUGACCCUCCAGAUAGUGCUGGACUCCUGCUGUCAUAAUCCUCUAUUUUUGCUAGCCGAAGCUGGUGGGAUUUGGAAUCCAACAGCACCUGAAGAACCACAGAUUCUCCAUCCCUGGUUUUAGGCAUUGCAUCUGAACUAGCCAAAGAACCACAUGUGGGACCUGACUGGGCAUAAAAUGUGGACACAUUGUGACCGAGAGGGCCAAAUCUUAGUAAAGGGCAGGCAUGGGAAGAAAGGAUGCACUGGGAACUUAAGCAUGGAUGAAUAGGUAGACAGCCAUAGGCAUGACCAGUAGGAUAAGUGAGGAAGACCCAAAAGAUCCAGGAACUCAGCAGUAAAGCAUUAAACUUUGAGAAUUUAGUUGCCAGCCUAAUUUCAAUUUUAAACUAGCUUGAGACUUGUUUGCAUUCAAUUUAAUUGUUGUUGGCUCCCCCCAAGCAAAUUUUUGGAGUCAUAAAUGUGUGUGUGUGUGUGUGAUGUUGCGGAGGAUUAAAUUUUUAAGGAAUCCCUAGCCCCUUCUCAAUCUACAGUCCCCAAGGCUCUUUGAUUAAAAGCUAUGUCAGGCUUGAAGCUAGUUUCUGUACAUAAUGUUCAUGUGCUCUAAAUCCAUCUGUGGACGCUAAAAUUAAUGUUACUUGCUGUCAGAAGAGCAAUGGCAGAAUUCCCUCACUGACACCCGGAGAAGAUUUGAUAGAUUGCUCAUGUUCGCGUUACAAGGAACAGCAUCCUGGGCUAAACUGUCGGCGGCCGUGAAGAGCAGGACACCUGCUAGAUUCUUCAAAUCUUUGUUUCCUUUGUUUUAAAAAGAAAAGAAAAAGAUCACUGUUUGUUGCUUUGGCUUCACAGAACGAGCGGCAGGAGUGUACCAUAGAGAAGCAAGGUCUGGAAAAUACCAGCUCACAUAUGCAGAAGCAAAAGCAGUGUGUCAGUAUGAAGGAGGACAUCUAGCCACAUACCAGCAGCUGGAGGCUGCAAGGAAAAUAGGUAUGAGCACGCAAUAUAUGUGAUCAUUUGGCAGUCUGGUCCAGCAGGAAUUCUCCUGCAUGCCACAAAGUCCCCCAAAGUGAAGAAGAGCUACAGAAAACCACUGGGCUUUUAGUGAGGAAACUUCCUACUGUGGCAUUCCUGUGCUGACUGUGGCUGAUAGGAGUUGUAGUCCAAAACAUCUAGAAGGCAAGAGAUGGGGGAAAGCUGCCCAGAGUGUGUUUUGUCCUUUGAUGUUCACACAAACUGUCCGCACUGUUGAUUGUUCAAUGAUUGAGUCUAAUUUCAGUUCCCUCAUCUGUUUCCUUUUCUGUUAAAAACACAUCUGUACGAACAAUGCUGUUUGUUACAGAAAUUGACAUAUAAGUAAUACCAAAGAUGAAAGUUUAAGAACCCUAUGGACAUGGAUUGAAAUCAGUUUGGUUUUAUUAAUCUCCAUUACAGUGCUACCUCAGUUUAAAUACGCUUCAGGUUACAGAUGCUUCAGGUUACAGACUCUGCUAACCCAGAAAUAGUACCUCGGGUUAAGAACUUUGCUUCAGGAUGAAAACAGAAAUCAGGUGGCGGCAGCAGGAGGCCCCAUUAGCUAAAAUGGUGCUUCAGGUUAAGAACAGUUUCAGGUUAAGAACGGACCUCCAGAACAAAUUAAGUUCUUAACCCGAGGUACCAUUGUAUAUCAAGGCUGCCCACUAUCCCCAAUGUGCUACUUGGCUGUAGGUCAUAGCUAAUUCAAUGGGACUUACAUCCAAGUGGGAAAGGUAUGUACAGCACAAUCCUAUACAAUGUCUACACUGAAAUAAGCCCCAUUGAGUCCCAUGGAACUUGCUCCCAAGUUAAUGGAUACAGGAAUGGAGUAAAAGGGAUAAUUGUUGGAGCUGCUAUUCAACACAACUGAUGUGUGAGCUCAAGAAUCAAUGAAUAUAAAUGGCUUCAAUGAAAUGAAAUGUGCACAACCCCACACAACAUGUGAAGAGGCCUAGAAAGAUGCAAUCUGGCGACAAAAGCAAGCAACCAAAAUGAUUAAUUGCCAGACCAUUUGAUAAAUGAGUACAGUGUGUGAUAAAUGGCCCUAUCACACCCUUCUGACUCUUUUGCUAACUCCUCCACCUAGAAAGUUAUCAUUCUAAGUUGUAGUACAAUUUUCUAGAUCUCAGGACACACUUGGGACAUGUCAACCUCUCAAUUUUAGGCUGAGAUGCUUAUUUCAUAGAGCUGAAACUCUCCCAGACUUGUCAGCACUAAGGUAGUCUUAAGCAAGGUGGUAAUAGGCUGUUUUUCUCCACAUCUCUACAUCCACGGGCUUCUAUUUGCACUAGUGUGGUGAGUGAUAUUAACCUGGAGAGUACCUGAAGAUAAUGCCAGGCAACAGGGAUGCAACAGAGUGAAUGCCCGAAUUUUAGUAACUCAGUGACUUACACUAGUCCGACAUCUUUAAAAAGCAGUUCUAAGACUAAGAUCUAGUAAGCAUCUGCAUCCAAUUGUUGUUUAUUAGUUUAAAGUGAAAACAGCCCUUUCCAUUGUUAAAAAAGAUGACACAUUUUCUAACAAAAUAAAAUAAAUGAAGCAUACACACAGCAUUUUAUGUGUCCAGGGUGGAAAUUGUUUCGCUUGCAUGGCUUAAUUCAAUUUAAACGAACUGUGUGUCAAUUACAUUUUUGGCAACAAGAACAAAAGGUCAUUAAUCUGAAGUACAGUGUUUCCAUCUUAAGCCAGCACUGGGCGUACAUGACAUGUCCUUCCAUCCCCCAGGGUUUCAUAUGUGUGCGGCUGGCUGGUUAGCGAAAGGAAGAGUUGGCUAUCCCAUUGUUAAACCUGGAAGCAACUGUGGCUUUGGAAAGACUGGGAUUGUGGACUACGGCUUUCGGCUCAACAGGAGCGAGAAGUGGGAUGCUUACUGCUUCAACCCUAAUGGUGAGUGUGCAACAAACAACAUUUUCGUAGUCAAAAUAAAAAUAUAAUAAUUGUCCAGUAGCACCUUAGAGACCAACUAAGUUUGUUCUGGGUAUAAGCUUUUGUGUGCAUGCGAUUGCAAAUCUGUGUGCUUUUUAAUACUCUCAAGAGAAAUUCCAGAGCCAGUACUUGAUUGCUCCUUUCUAGUGGGCCCCAUUACGUAUUACAUAAUCCAAGGAACUCCAUAGCAAUGUAGCGCCUAUUUCAUAAUCCGCUGGCGGUAUUUUAUGGAGUGCGGAGCCGCCCUAAAUCACCUGCUUCUUUCCAAGUCAGCGGGGUUUUCCUUCCCCUCUGGUUAGCAUAAAUGUUCUGAUUAGCAGAAAAACAAGUGCCCAGAGAUUUGUGGAUUUAAGCUUCUUAUAUUCAGGGCUGUGGUUGAUAAUUUUCCAUUUUCCUCCAGGGUUCGUCUGUAGGGACAAAGGGAUGGAAAUAUCUGUUCAAUACCCAACUUUUCAUUGAAGUACAUACCUUCUAGUUCUUAAUUCAGCCUCCCUGAAAUUCUAAGAGGCAAAUUGUUGUUUUUAUUUUGCAAAUAAAGCUAACUGAAGAUAAGGACACUUCUGGGCAACAACUUUCCCAGUAAUCAUCAUCAUCAUCAAUUUUAUUUAUACCCCGCUCUCCCCAGCCGAGACUAGGCUCAGGGCAGCUAACACCAAAUAUAAUACAUUAAAAACACAAAAUCAAACGAUUAGUUUAAAAUACAAUUUGAAAUCACAUUUAAAAUCAAAAUAAAAUUAACUUUUAAACAAAAUUAAAAGUUCAGUGGAUAGUACUGUACCUUGAAGACCAGCUACCUGCUAGCAUAGGGAUUUUGUGCCAGAGUGUCUAAUCAUACAGUUCUGAGUGGUUGCACACUAAGGAUGGAACAUCAUAUUAUUCAGGAAUUAAACUUCAGUAAUUAAGUAGGAAAUAAAUAAGAACAAAAGAUCCACAACAUGGAUCUACUGCCAAAAAUGACAUUCCAUGUUGAGUUUUCCCAUGUAUCUUGUUGGAUCACUUGCCCGCCUAUUGAGAGAUCAUGAUGGUAUGUCUUGCUAGAAGCUACCAAUGUUGUGGGGGAAAUGGACGGAAAAUAUACAGUGUGGUGAUGUCACAUGGUCAAGGACCCUACACAUUUCAGCAGCAGCUCCAUAUUGGGGAUGAUAUUGUUCUCCAACAAUGGCUCACUAAAAGUCACCCAGCUGGCACAGAAAUAAAGUAGGAUUUAAAACAAGGUACAGGUUAAAACGAGGUACAAGGUGCCAAUUAAAACUGCAUCACUAAUCUGCUGCUUUGACCACUCCUUUCCUUUCCAAAAGCUCAGGGCAGACUUUGUGCAGUUUCCUAUCGAUGACAGCAUCCUGGAGACCUCUGAAAUCUUUGUGAACAUCCCUUCAUUUGCCAAAUAUACUUCUUGAAAAGGAAUUAUGAGGAAAACAGCUGCUUGCACAGGCAGGGCAAGUCCCUAGGCAGCAUCAGUCCCAGAGUCCAGCAACGUCCAGGCUUACUUCUCUGCUCUUGCCAAGGCCUUGUUUUCUGCAGGCAGUGGUGUCAACUCUAAAACGACUGACAUAGCUUUAUGCUUGAUUUUCAGGGAAGCCCAAUGCUUUCUGGCUAGCCUCCCAAACAGGCCUGAGGGACACUCUGCUUUUCCAAUGAUUGCUUCUGUUAUUUGGCCUCAGGCUGAGUACCCACAGCACUUCAUUCUAGAAUCAACGGAGACUGAGUACUUCUGCUGAGGGGCUUAUUGACACUUCCUCUUGUCCCACUGGGGAAACCGCUCUUUAGUGCUCAGUCAGAGCAAACUUCUUUUUUAAUGGAUUCGCAUUUGCUCCGAUUUAGCCCUAAAAAGCAGGUUUUCUCUGAGAAAGGAGUGAGGCAGAGAGACUCUGGGACAAGAGACUGCAAUGGGCACAGUUCAGCCUUUUGUUGCAUCGGGAGGGGGUCGCUGCGCUCUUCUGCAACCAUGGCAUAGGCAGAGGUUGCAAAAGCUGCAGAAGAAGUCAAGAAGCUGAAGACCCAACCAACAGAUCAAAAAGUGCUGGAUAUCUACAGCCAUUACAAGCAGGCCACAGUUGGAGAUGUAAAUACAGACCGUCCUGGGAUGCUUGAUUUCAAAGGCAAGGCCAAGUGGGAUGCCUGGAAUUCCUUGAGAGAAAUAUCCAAAGAAGAUGCAAUGAAAGCAUAUAUUUAAAAAGUGGAAGAGCUGAAGGAAAAAUAUGGAAUGCAUUAAACCCCUUCCUGCAUGCCUUUAAAUGGAAUAAUGCCUUAUUCUACUAUCUUAAACUGUGUUACACAGUAUGGUAGUGCCAGACUUGAUGCCACUUUCCAUAAUUAACAGCUGUGUAAAUUUACUUCUAAUGGUUUGUAUAAUAAACACUAUCAAAUUCAGAAGGGGAAAAAAAGGAGUGAGGCAAGGGGGGAAACUGCUCAGACCUAGACUCGUGCUUUCUAUGCACAAGACAAGUGGAAAUGUGGACAAGCGCAAAGUCUAGAUCUGUUGCAUGCUCUUCUUCACCCCUGAAAAGCAUUUCUUGAGAAUGAAAUGAUGACAAAGGGGCAGUAAAAAAGAAAAACAGUAUCAAGGACAAAGCUUUAUUGUUCUGUGCUACUUACUUUUAUUUAUUUUUUUAAUCCUAUGAGUAACAAGGUCAAAUUAUGUCUGCUGAAUUAUACCGUUGGAGACGGUGUGCUGGAAUUUAAGUUGUUUGGGUUUGGAGAACACGUGGAAGAUGCUUGCCUGGCAGUCUCAGAAGAAGAUUCCAAAAUGAUUGUUUGUUUUUUAAAUGAACAUGCAUUCAUGUGCCUAUAAAUACAGUAAAUGCAGUCUUAAACCCAAUUAUAUUGCUUUUCCUUUAACAGUGCUGGAAUGUUUCAUAGUGCAUUUUAUACUAUAAUAGCUCACCAUCAAAAACAGCAUGGUUUUCUGGUGCAGGAAACAUUUUCUUUCCUUUUGCCAUUUUGUAAAUGCCAUCAUUGCAGCAAUCAGGUUCACGUGUUUAGUACAUGAAGCGCUAUGGUGACUAGCACUCUCUGAGAAAUGGUGGGGGAAACCACACUUUGCAGUUAUCAAUGUGAAGUCAAAACAAAAAGCUGUGUGAAUAAGCAGCUGCGUAACCUCUCAGGGGAGGAGAACCCUCACAGAUGUUGAACAUGUCAGGGAAAAGAGGGAGAGGCAACCUUCAUUCUUAGAAUUCAGAUUAGUCAGCCUAUCUGUGCCUCCUGUUUGGCUGUCUCCUCUGAGAGGCAAGCUAGAUCUUUUCCACAUGUAUUGUUUGGGUGGUGAGCAUCAUUAUCAAACCAAGUUGUUGACCUUGGCUGGUUUACGUCUGUUCCUUUCAUUUGGGUGCGGGGGGGAUCUUCGUACUUUGUAAGUGAUAUUAUUCAGCUUGGAGGCAGUAGCCAAACUUCCACUGUGGGGAUAAAAGCAGUGGUUAAUAUUGCAGCAUUGUUUUAGCCUACAUUCGAUGCAUUUAAAGCACAUUAAACACACAUGUAAAAAGCACAAACUACAAUUCUCAGGUCUUACUCUUUCAGCUUCAGCCCAACCUGCAAUGAGGGUCUAAUACUGUGGGAAAACACUGCAGGGUUGUUAUAAACCACUCUGCAACUAAACUUUCAUUCUAAAGGGGCUACAGACUUUCUUCUUCAUUUAAAAAAAUGAAAGCUCAAAGUUGGGGCUCCCUGCUGGCUCCAAGUCUAGUAGAGCAGUACUCUUUAUAUCUUUCUUUUUGUACCCUGGUGAGCAUUCUCCCUUAAAUACUAGAAACACAAUACAAUAUGAUUAUAUGGAUGUGGCACAUUACAGUGAUGGCAGGUGCCAGUAUUAAUUUUGGUUACCUGUGUCUCACCGCAAGUCUUCUUUGACAUUGUGACAGCCCAAUUAAAUUUCCUCUUGUUUUAUUUCUCUCCUAGGAAAAGCCUGUGGUGGUAUCUUCACAGAUUCAAAGCACAUCUUUAAAACCCCUGGCUACCCAAAGGAAUAUGAAAACGAUCAAACAUGUUAUUGGCAUAUAAGGGUGAAAUACGGCCAACGGAUUCAAAUUCAGUUUCUCGACUUUGAUCUUGAAGACGAUACAGCGUGCAUGGCUGAUUACUUAGAAAUAUACGACAGCUAUGAUGACGUAAAUGGUUUUGUCGGCAGGUAAAACAAUUUCCACAUCUUUCUUAACAUAUUACACCAUACAGGGGCAUGGAAACUUCAUCCAGGAAAUAAAAAGACUACCACCACAUUUUAUGCUCAUUUAAACCACAUGGCUUCCCAUCCUGGUAAUUAUAAUUUGUUAGAGGUGCCUGGAAUUGUAGCUUUCUGAAAAGUAAACUACACUUCCCAGGUUUUGCUGGGGGAAAGCCACAUGCUAUAAACAUACGAUGUAGAUACGACACACAUCUAUUAUUUGGAUAUGUUUAUCCCACCCAGUCUCAGAGGUUCUGAACAAUCACAUCAUUUAUUUACACAAACAGCGAACUAAGAAGUGUUAAUAACCACACACUUUUUCCAACUUCCACCCACUCCUUGGUUUCUCGCCCUUUUAGAUCCAAUCCAGGAAUCCUUCCAAACUCAUUCAUUGGAAGUAUGUUGCAAUUCCCAGUCAAUCCCCACCCAUUCCCCAACUCUGCAAUUCCUCCAAAAUAUUAGAGCAGAGAGAAAACUCAUCUCAGCUCAUUUGUGGACUCUUACCUCUCAUUCAAGUGAAGUUCUUGGACUUCCCAUCAAUGGGGGAUUUCCUCUCAAGACAAAUAAUACCAGAUUCAGAUGAGUGAUUUGCCCCAGGACCACAGCAUGGGGAAACAGGUCUAAAACCAUGCUUGCCCCGAUCUCCUUGUCAGCCCUCCCAGGUGACACAACUUGCAUGUCUAAAAGCAUGUAAUCAUCUAUCAGUUGGCCUUCAGUUACUAAAAUGUUGAUAUUUCAGAUAACCAGUUUUCUAUCAACCAUGCAAACAGAAUUGCGCAUGGCAAGGGGAGAUUACCGUCAUGGUUAAUACAUUCAAAAGAAGCAAAGUUUUGUGUUAUGUGUAUAGGCCACUGGCCUUUUUGUUCAUGUUAAAUCCCAGUCCCUGAAAAGGUUCCUAUUUGUGCCAAACAUGACAAAUCUGUUGAGAAGUAUCCAAAAUCAAUUGAGGACUUCAGCCACUUUGCAAAUUACCAUUGUUGUGGCAUAUAAGUUACUUCUAUGUGCUUAUCUUACCUGAUGUCUUCUACACAUGAUAAUGGUGGCAUCCUUCACGAUAGAUCACCCAGUGUAAGUUCAAGCUGAUAUCGGUCUGGCAAAGGCUUAGGUAGCCACUGAAGCAAGUGUGUUACUGAAUUUUGGCUUGCCUAUACUUAACCAGUAAAUCAACUGUCAUGUUUUUCAGGUAUUGUGGAGACGAACUUCCAGAAAAUGUAAUCAGCACAGGUAAGAUUAUACACAUGCAAACCUCCACACAACCAUAGACUAAGACAAUAACAGUUACUUCUCAGACUCGUAAGAAGUACUGCACAACAGAACGUUCCAUCCAGAGAGGUCGUCACAAAGGCCAAUUCACAGAAGCAGAAUGGUUGAAGUAUUAUAAACCUCUGUGUUACUUCCUAGGGCAGGGAUGAAGAACCUGUGGCCUAACAGAUGUUGAUGGACUACAAAUCACAUCUUCCCUGGCCUUUGGGACUGAUGGGAGUUGGAAGUCCAAUAACAUCACAAAGACAACAGGUUUCCCAUUCCUGUCCUACUCACAUGCUGAGUGGCAUUUAUUAUAUUUGACAGUGUUUCUGAGUGCACUUAAGAGAAAAAUGCAACCAUGUGUUUUGGCAGAAAGAAUGAGAAAUUCAAAAAUUCUUUGAAGUUUUAUUGGGGGGAUAGGUGUUUCCUCAAUAGAAGUAAUUUUUCUCUUUCUCUGUUUCUCGUCCUAGGUAAUGUAAUGACACUGAAGUUUUUGUCCGAUGCUUCAGUAACGGCAGGAGGCUUUCAGAUUAAAUACAUUGCUUUAGAUACACCCAAAAAGAGUGAUGGGAAAAAUACAACUACCCAAGACAACAAAAAUUACUUAGCUGGAAGAUUUGGCAUUGUAUAAAAGAGCAUUGACAUGAAAGAAGAAUUUGCCUUGGAUGUUUAUUAAAGACAUUCCCCUAUCCCCAAGUACCUACUUGAUGUUCCUCUCAGUGGAUCCUAUUCUCCAUAAUUUCCUGUUACCUCCUCCCAAUGUGAUCUCUCUUUUUUGCUGAUCUUUUGUUGAUGCAUACAACCUCAGUGAUACACACCCCUUUGGACUGAUGCUUCCCACCAUCAUGUGAUUCCUCUCUUGACUUUAUCUGCUUCUCUACCUGUCACCAUAAAUGGGUUAAAAAGCCUGUUGUUUUUGUUUCAAGUUUUUAGCUGAAGUUUCAAGGGGCCAUGCAAUUGUGUGCAAAUAAGUCCCCUUCCUGCUUCACAGCUGCUCAGUGAUAGCCACUUUGAAUUGUGAGCAGUGAUCAUUUCCUUGAGCCAAAAAGAUGAAGAAAUAUUUACUCCUAGACCCUAUAAUCAUUGUACUACAUUUGAUGUAUUAUUGAGAUUUCUAAAUAUAUAUUUAUCAAACUUC